AGGAGACCAGUUCCAAAGUCCCUGUUUAAAGUGACUGAGUCUGCUGUGUUGCCAUGUGGAGCAGGUUUCAAGUCAAGGCUUUGAAGAGGGUCUUAGUUUCAGAAUUUAAUACCUGGACUAAAUUGAACGCAAUGCAGAAGACUCGACAGGCACUGCCCCAGGUGUAUGUCACCAGACGAGUUCCACCUGAAGGGUUAAAGAUAUUGAGAGAAUCUGGAGUGUGCAACAUCGAACUGUGGGACUCUGAUGACCCGGUUCCCCGGCAGGAGCUCUUGAAGAAUGUGUCUGGGGUCGAUGGCAUAUUGUGUGUGCUUACUGAAAAAAUAGAUGCAGAACUACUCAAUGUAGCAGGGCCAAACUUGAAAGUGGUCAGCACCAUGUCUGUGGGAUACGACCACCUCUCCUGCGAUGAACUGAAAAAAAGGGGAAUCCGUGUGGGCUACACUCCAGAUGUUUUGACAGACUCUGUGGCUGAGCUCACUGUCGCUCUGCUCCUGGCAACCUCACGUCGACUCAUUGAGGCUGUGAAUGAAGCAAAAAAUGGUGGCUGGGGUACCUGGAGAACUAUGUGGCUGUGUGGCUAUGAGUUGUCACAGAGCACUGUGGGGAUUCUUGGCCUUGGCAGGAUUGGUGUGGCGAUUGCAAAGCGUUUAAAGCCGUUUGGAGUGAAGAGGUUCAUCUACACUGAUGUCGCCCCCAGGCCUGAGCUGGCGGCUGAGAUACAGGCAGAGUAUGUGUCCCUAGACGACCUGGCAAAAGAGUCUGAUUUCUUGGCUGUUUGCUGUGCCUUGACGCCAGAGACACAGGGCAUCUGUAACAGUGCGCUCUUUAACAAGAUGAAGAAAACAUCCAUAUUUAUCAACACCAGCAGGGGUGGUGUUGUGAACCAGGAUGAUCUGUGCACUGCUUUGACCAGCGGUCAGAUUGCAGGUGCUGGACUGGACGUCACUGUUCCUGAACCUCUGCCCACUGACCACCCUCUUUUUCAACUUAAGAACUGCGUUAUCCUGCCCCACAUUGCCAGUGCAUCCAUUGCCACCCGGAACGCCAUGUCAGCCUUGGCAGCCAACAACCUCCUGGCUGGUCUGAAGGGAGAGGCUAUGCUGAAGGAGCUGAAACUGUGAAGUCUCCCUUUUAAAAGCUGCUAAGUCUGACGAAAAAAUAAAUACAAAAUUCACUAAUUUUGCAAAAAGCUAAUCUAUUUGUUAUCAUCUGUAUUAACUUGAUAAGGGAUAUACUUUUCUCACACCAUGAUGUGGUACACAUCCAUCUUGAAAAAUACUAAGAUUUAUUUUUGUGUAAUUAACUGCACCUCGAUUGCAUGACAAUUUCAUAAACAAAAAAUAAAGCAUCAAGAAAACGAACAAAUAA